ACUGGACACUGUCUGUCCUGCUCGCUUCAGCUGACCGUCUCGGAGCGGUACACAGGAAAGCAGUGCUUUUGCCAUCAUGGAUUCUAACGACAUCGACAUGCAGGAUGUUAGUGGAAGCAACCGCUUGACCCCUGGCGUGGUGAACGACGUGACGCUUGCGCCGGCCAUCGGGACGGUGUAUACAAAAGACCUCUUUCAAGAGGUGACCUACAGUACUACGGCGGAAGGGACUUCCCCUCAUGCACCCUUGUUCAACCAGAACUCGCUAGUCAUCAAUCCCAACAACGGUCUGCAAGCCGAUACUCGGUCGCUGUCAGACUAUCCCAAAUCCAAGAGGACCGGAUUGGUGUACAAUGUGCAGAUGAUGUUGCAUGCUCCGAUCAACUACAGUCGCGAUGGGGAACAUGACUCGUCGAUUCAGGACGACUUGGACGACUUUAGGAGCUCGCAUCCUGAGGAGCCGAGGCGUAUCUCGCACAUCUACGCCAAGCUCAAGGGCGCGAACUUGGUCACCCAGAUGGUUCAUCUGCCUUGUCCGGAAGCGACACCGGAGCAGGCGUUGUUGGUCCAUUCCGACCAUGUCUGGCAGGAGCUGCAGAAGACGCUGUUCAUGUCUCACGAGCAGAUCAGGGAAGAAUGGGCCGACUACGAACACAACUCGCUCUACGUCAACAAUCAGACCGCUCUAGCCUCGAGACUGUCCUGUGGAGGUGUCAUUUCGGCAUGCGAGGCCGUCGUCCGAGGUGUCGUCAGGAACGCGAUCGCCGUCGUUCGACCACCGGGACAUCAUGCGGAACCUGACAAGAGUCUCGGGUUCUGUUUUCUGAACAAUGUGGCGGUCGCUACCAAGGUCAUUCAGCGGGACCAUGGCGUGAAGAAGAUCAUGAUUGUCGAUUGGGACGUCCAUCAUGGUAACGGUACUCAAAGAGCCUUCUUCGACGAUCCAAACGUCCUGUACGUGUCCAUCCACCGACACGAUGGUGGUCGAUUCUACCCUUGUUCCGACUUUGGAGCCCUCGAUGUCACUGGGGUAGGCGCAGGGGAGGGAAAGACCGUCAACAUUCCGUGGCCUCAGGCUGGAUUCGGGGACGGAGACUAUUUUUAUGCAUUCCAAGAAGUCGUCAUGCCUAUUGGAUACGAAUUCGCUCCUGAUCUGGUUAUCAUCUCUGCUGGGUUUGAUGCCGCAGAAGGUGACGAGCUUGGGGAAUGCAAGGUUACGCCCGGUGCAUACGCUCAGAUGACGCACAUGUUGAUGGGUCUCGCUGGAGGCAAGGUUGUGGUCGCCCUCGAGGGAGGAUACAACCUCGAUGCCAUCUCCAACUCGGCUGAAGCCGUAGCUCGGGCGCUGACGGGGGAUGUCCUCGACCUCAUGCCGCCCAUGAGACCCUCCCAGUUGGGGAACGAGGUGAUAUACCAGGUCGUCAAGAUGCAGGCGCAGUAUUGGCAUUGUCUCAGAGGCAAGAGAAGCGCGCCCCUGGAUGUGUUAAAGGAGACGGAAGAGGAUGCUGUGGAUCUGCGAGAUGUUCUCAAACAUUACCGGGCUCAUCGAAUGUGCGAGAAGCACAAGUUGUUUGUCGUACCCUUGGCGAAUCCAGAUUUGGAUAGGCUCUUCCCGGACCAAGUCCUGACAGACCGGAAUCUAUUUACCGCCAAGACAGUAGUGCUGUUCGUGCACGACUUCGGGAACUUCUGGCACGAGCCUCGAAAUACCUCUAUCAUGGACGGUGACCUGGAGAAAUCCCGUCUCGUCGAGCAAAGUAACCAGGUGAUCGAAUGGAUCAAGGAAAAGGAUUUCAGCUUGAUCGAUGUCAACACCACUGUUGCUUUCCCCGUCUAUCGUUCGGCGAUGCCGGCCACCAAGGAAAAGUGGGUGACUAAACAGGCUCCUCGACCUUGGAUCCAGUUGAUGAGGUAUAUCUGGGACAAUUACCUCUCCCUGUUGGACUGCGAGAACAUCAUCUUGUUCGGAUUCGGGACAGGGUGCGAUUCGAUCAUGUCCUUGGUCAAUAACAGAGAAAUUGAAGAGAAGGUGACCACGGUGAUCCAGGUCGGGGGCAUGAACACCCUUGUGCGACCUGAUCCGACACAGGACGAGAAGAGGGAAUGGUUCCGCAGUCACUCGCGGUUGUACCUGCCUGAGGAUCACCCGGUCUUGGAUGACCGCAAACUCAGGAUGCGGCUGAGAACACAGAUCAUGGUUACCGAUGGGGUAUCUCCUCUCGACGUCUUGCCCGCCGCCCUGUCCGGGAUCAAGACGUACGUCGAUCAAUGUCUGCAAGACCGUGCUGCACCCGUCGUUGCUCCUGCUGGCCUUGGUGUUCCGCGGUGAUAGGAGAUCAGCGGCUUCGACGUUUUGUGAUUUUGGGAUUCCGAAGGUUCUUUCCGGGUUGUAUGGUUUAGAAUAAAAUAAGAUCGGCGAUAUCCAGGCCGUGGGUAAAUUGUAGAUAUCAUAUGAGCAAUGCGGUUUGUAAUCCUUCCGCGGUGCGUGCGUGGUCAUUUCCGUG